CUUCCCUUACGUCUCUCCCUCCAUCCUCUCCCGCUCCUGACCGGGAUUUUAACUCGGAGCUAUGGCCUCGGAGGUGGUCUGCGGGCUCGUCUUUAGGUUACUCCUGCCACUGUGUCUCGCAGCCGCUUGCCUGUUCAGGUACAAUGGGCUGUCAUUCGUCUACCUCAUCUACCUGCUGCUCAUCCCUCUGUUUGCGGAGCCCACAGCCACUACCAUGCAGGGUCACACAGGUCGUCUGCUGCAGUCCCUGUGCUUCACCAGUCUGUCCUUCCUGCUCCUGCACAUCAUCUACCAGAUCACUAUCCGCAGCCUGCUCGCCUCCCACUCCAUCUCCUCCAACUUCAACUGCUCCUCGUGGGAAAAGUCCAUCAGACAGAUCGGCUUUGAGAGUGUGAUCGGGGCGGACGCGGGGAACGGCAUGCGAGUCUUUAUCCCCGACAUCGGCAUGUUUGUGGCGGGUUUGGGGAUCUGGCUCCUGUGUCGCAGCCUGGUCCAGAAGAGACCUGCAGAGGACAUGGGCCAGUACAACGCCGAGUUUGAGCCCGAGGACCAGGAGGAGGAGAAGCUGAGUCUGGACGAUGACAACAUUUUACUGGACGACUUGGAGGCCGGGUACGAGGCGGAGGAGGACGAGGAUGAUGAGCUGUUCGAUGACGAGGAAGAGGAAGAGGAGGAGGAGGAGGAGGUGAAGGAGAGUGCCAAGAUGAGAGUGCUGCGGCUCGUGGCUGAAGUGGCCUCCAAAGUGAAAGACAUCAUCGGAAACCUGAUCACCACGGCCGGGAAAGUGGUGGUCACUAUUCUGCUGGGGAUGACAGGUGUGAUGCUGCCCUCUCUGACCUUGAUCUUCUUGUUCCUGUGCACGUGGUGGUCUCUGUGCCGGACGUUUGACACGCUCCUGUUCAGCUGCAUGUGUGUGCUCAUGGCCAUCUUCAGCGCCGGACACAUCAUCGUCCUCUACCUCUACCAGUUCCAGUUCUUCCAAGAGGCCAUUCCAGUGGGGGACAGAUAUAUCAAAGUGUUUGGCAUCUCUCCGAUCAUUCACAGUAACUGCUCGUCCACAUGGCGUCUGUCCCUCCACGAGAACAGACGCUGGUUCCACUUCGUCAACCCCAUCAUGCUGCUCCUGCUCUACUACACCCUGGCCACGCUCAUCCGGCUGUGGCUGCAGGAGCCCGUGGAGAACAUGGAGGAGAAAGAGGAGGCUGAUUGUGAGGAAGAUGAGACACUGGGAAAUGGAACAAAUAACUCUGCAGAGAGGAAACGCCAGCUGUGGUGGAGGACGCAACGGGGCACGGACGAGAAGAAUCUCCUCUCCACUCAGGACUGCAUCAGUACCCACGAGGUUGUGCCCACCUCAAAUGGAACGUCUUUUGACUUUGUGACGACUGAGAACGGUCCUGUUUGUCUGGACCUGUACUCCACGCCCCAGUACAAACUCGACACCAUCACUGACAACAAUGAUAAGAAGGAGUGUGUGCUGGAGGUGCGACUGCCUCCAGAGGACUCAGAGCGAGAGGAGGAGAAGGAGGAGAAGGAAGAGAAGGAGGAGAAGGAAGAGGCGGAGGGAGACUUGGCUCACGCUCGCCUCAGUGCCAUGGUCAAAGUUCACUUCAUCAUGAAACAGAGCUACAUCUGUGCCCUCAUCGCAAUGAUGGCGUGGAGCAUCACGUACGUCAGCUGGCUCACCUUCGUCUUCCUCAUGUGGUCGUGCAUGCUGUGGAUGGUGCGCGACCGGAGACGCUAUGCCAUGCUCUCCUCGCCGUUCAUGGUGGCCUACGGGGACCUGGUCAUCGUGCUGCAGUACAUCUGGAGCUUUGAGGACAUGGGGGAGAUCUCUGGGCUGUUUGUCAAGAAGAACAACCCCUUCCACUCACUCUCCUCCAAAGGUGGGGCUCCUCUGUGUGUGCUGUGUCUGCUGACUUUCUGGCUGCUCCUCAGACAGACCCUAACGGAGAGGCAGGAGAGAGCCGACCAAGACCGCGCCGGGUUAUCGCAAGUGCAGGUGGACGACCAAAAGAAGAAAGAGGAGGAGGGCGCAGAGGACGGGGCCGAGCAGGACACCAUGCAUGUUCUGGGCAGUAUGAUCAUGGCCAUCCUGGUCAAAUACUGGAUCUACAUCUGUGGAGGCAUGUUCUUCUUCGUCAGCUUUGAGGGGACCAUCGUCAUGUACAAGAUUAUCUACAUGAUGAUGUUCCUGUCCUGCGUCGCCCUCUACCAGGUUCAUUACGAGUGGUGGAGGAGGAUCUUGAAGUACUUCUGGAUGUCAGUGGUGGUCUACACGAUGUUAGUCCUGACUCUGGUCUACACCUAUCAGUUCAACAGCUCCCUAGACUUCUGGUCCAGCGUGCUCAAGAUGGACGCAGAGGGUCUGAAGGAUCUCGGUCUGGAGAAGUUCACUCUGGCUCGGCUCUUCACCCGGAUCUUCAUACCCACGUCGUUCCUGCUCGUCUGUAUCCUGCACCUGCACUACUUCCACGAGCCCUUCCUCCGACUCACCGACCUGCAGGCUGUGGUGGCCAAAGAGCAGAGCACCAUCUACAGUCAUGCUAAGGUCAAUGGGCGUGUCUAUAUGAUCAUGAGUAGCAUCAAGAAAAGAAUCCCUUUACGACAGUCCAAAUUGGCCCAUCCGGAGGGCAGCCUGGCCGACCUCACCAUGCUCAGCGCCAGCUCCGUGGAGGCCGCCCUGCCCCCUAGAGACGAGGAGGAGAAGGUGCAGGACAGGCAGGAGGAGUGGGAGGCGGAGAAGGAGCAGGCUCUGGUGGUGGUGGACGACGACGGCGGCGGCGGCGGCGGCGAUGGGUUCAAAAGCAAAAGUCUGUCAGACCUGAGGCAGUCCAGCUCAGAGAGUCAACACUGCAGCGCCAAGACGGAGCCCGAGCCAAGCACAGAGCAGAGUUCAGACCUGAGGAAUAAGUGGCACUUGGUGGUGGACCGUCUGACCGUGCUCUUCCUCAAGUUUCUCGAGUAUUUCCACAAACUGCAGCUGUUCGUCUGGUGGCUCCUGGAGAUCCACAUCAUCAAGAUCGUGGCCUGCUACAUCGUCCUGGUCUCCGUCAGAGAGGUGUCCCUGUUGAACUACGUGUUCCUGGCGUCGUGGGCGUUUGCUCUGCCCUACAGUCAGUAUCGCCCCCUAGCGUCCAGCGUGUGUACUGUCUGGACCUGCGUCAUCAUCAUCUGCAAAAUGUUGUACCAGCUCAAGUCCAUCAACCCGCCCUCCUACUCCAGCAACUGCUCCAUGCCGGACGGUUACACCGAAGCGCAGGAGCAGGAGCUGAAGGACUCUCUCUUGUACCGGGACCUCGUGGAUCCUGCCAACUGGGUCGGUCUAAACAAGGCUGACGACGUGUUGUCAUACUUACGGAAUAACCUGUUGAUGCUGGCGGUUCUGGCCUUCGAGGUGACCAUCUACAGACACCAGCAGUACUACAGACUGAGGAACAAGCUGAGCCCUCCGGCCGCUCGCAUCAUCUUCCACGACAUCACCAGACAGCACCUGGACAUCGGCAUUGUCCACUUCGUCAAAUACUUUGUCAACUACUUCUUCUACAAGUUCGGACUGGAGACGUGUUUGUUGUUGGGGGUGAAUGUGAUUGGACAGAGGAUGGACUUUUACUCCAUGCUGCAUGCGUUCGCCCUGAUCGCCGUCAUGUACCGCAGGAGGAGGAAAGCCAUCGCGGAGAUCUGGCCCAAGUACUGCUGUUUCCUGGCCUGCAUGCUCACCUUCCAGUACUUCAUCUGCAUCGGCAUCCCACCUGCAGCCUGUAAAGAUUAUCCCUGGAGAUUCCCCAACUCUACAACAGACUCCAAAGUGGUGAAGUGGCUCUAUGUCCCUGAUUUCAAAACAAAACCCAACCCCUCCUUUCUCAUCUAUGACUACAUGCUGCUGCUGUGCGCCUCGUUCCAAAAGCACGUGUUUGAUGAUGAAAACAAAGCGGCCGUUCGGAUCAUGGCUGGAGACAACGUGGAGAUCUGCAGGGACCUGGACGCAGCUUCCUUCAGUGUCCACAACCCAGUGCCCGACUUCAUACACUGCAGGUCGUAUCUGGACAUGCUGAAGGUGAUCAUGUUCAGUUACCUGUUCUGGUUCGUGCUCACCAUCAUCUUCAUCACCGGGACGACUCGUAUCAGCGUGUUCUGCAUGGGCUACCUGGUGGCCUGUUUUUACUUCCUGCUUUUCGGAGGCGAGCUGCUGCUGAAGCCCAUCAAGAAGAUCCUCCAUUACUGGGACUUCCUCAUCGCCUACAACAUCUUCGUCAUCACCAUGAAGAAUAUUCUAUCUAUCCUGGCGUGUGGAUACAUAAACUCUCUGGUCCGGCGCCAGUGUUGGCUGAUCCAGCUCUUCAGUUUGGCCUGCACCAUCAAAGACUACAACAUGCCAGCGGCAGAGGAGCACUGUGACGUGCCCACAGGGGAGGCGGGCAUCAUCUGGGACAGUAUCUGCUUUGCUUUUCUCCUGCUGCAGCGGCGAGUCUUCAUGAGCUACUACUUCCUCCAUGUGGUGGCCGAUGUCAGAGCCUCACAGAUCCUCGCGUCCAGAGGGGCAGAGCUGUUCCAGGCCACUAUUGUGAAAGCUGUGAGAGCCAGACUGGAAGAGGAGCGCAAAUCUGUGGAGCAACUCAAGAGACAGAUGGAGCGCAUUAAAGUCCGCCAGCAGAAGUUUAAGAGGGGCAAGGAGAAGAUGCUGAGUAUUGCCCAGGAGUCCGGAGAGGGGCAGACCCUGGGCCAGGCCGAAGAGGACGAUGACGAUGGAGCACAGCGAGCGAAAGCCAAGACCAAAAAAAAGCAUUGGUGGAGGCCGUGGGUUGACCAUGCGUCCAUGGUGAGAAGUGGAGACUAUUAUUUAUUUGAGACGGACAGUGAAGAGGAGGAAGAGGAGGAUGACAAAAAGGACGAAGAGCCGCCGAAGAAGUCUGCCUUUCAGUUCCUGUACCACGCCUGGAUCACAGACCCGAAAGCAGCGCUGAAGGCUCGGAGCAAAGAGAAAAGAAAGUUCUGGAAAAAAUACACCAAAGGGGUCCGGAACAGGAAGGCCAAGAAAGAGAUUGCAAUGGAGUACAAGUCACAGGAAACACCCAAACCAUGAAAAAAGUAAACAGAUGGACCAGAUAACAUCAUAAAGCGUGUGUUCAACAUCAUUAAGUUCACGUGGGUGCUGUUCCAGACCACCGUGGACAGUUUCACUCGCUGGAUGAACGAAAUGUGCAGAGAAUACAUCGACAUCUCCACUGUGCUGAGGAUAGAGAGGUGUAUGCUGACCAGGGAAGUCAAAAAGGGUAACGUCCCGACCAGAGAGAGUAUCCACGUGUACUACCAGAAGGCCAUGAGGCUGAACCUGUCCCGGGAGUCUAGUCUGGACCAGCUCAGUGAGGACGAGUCCACCUCCGGCUCUGGGAGGGUCAGGAGGAGGAGGGCCGGCUUCAGGAUACAGAGCCAGGACUCCACAGCCUCCAGGGACUCCAUGUCCAGUGCGUACACAGAGGCCACCAUGCUGUUCUCCCGUCAGUCCACUCUGGAUGAGUUGGAUGGGAUGCCAGAGUGCGUCCCUAAAACCAGUGAGCGCGCUCGGCCUAAGCUCAGGAAAAUGAGGGUCCUGGACGAAACCAACUCCUCUGCAGACAGCGGCAGCAGCUUUGUGUCCAGUGAAGCCACCCAGUGCGUGACGCUGUUCUCCAGGCAGGGCACCGCAGACACCAUCGAGGAGGUGGAGGACGAGCAGGACAAGAGCGCAGACAAGUCCCAGAGCGUGGAGCCGGAGAUAGGGGAGAGCCCGUGGGGAGAGGGGGACAGAGAGGAGACCCAGGCCGAUGUACAGGACGGGGCGCUGCUGUACACCCCGGACACAGACGCCUCUAAAACGUCAGACGCAGAAGUGCCUCCCAGCUACAGUAAAGCCGUGAGCUUCGACCGCCUGGAGGUGAGCGACGACGAGAGCGACAUGGACAGGAAGAGGUUAAUGAUCAUGACGCCGGACAGCCAAUCAGACUGCAGCAGAUCUGACCUGGUCCUGCCCUCCAUGACCACCGAGCUGACCGCCAGUGAACUGCUGCUCAACAAGAUGUUUUAUGACGAGGAGCUGGAGGAGUCGGAUAAGUUCUACACGGCGCAGCCUCUGAUCCUGCAGUUGUGUUACGCCCUGUACAACAUGCUGGUGGCGCACUCGGAGAUGGUGUGUUUCCUGGUCAUAAUCCUGAACCACAUGGUCUCUGCCUCCUGUAUCACUCUGGUCCUCCCCAUCACCAUCUUCCUCUGGGCCAUGCUGUCCGUGCCUCGCCCCAGCAAACGCUACUGGAUGACCGCUAUUGUCUACACAGAGGUCACCAUUGUCAUCAAGUAUUUCUUCCAGUUUGGGUUCUUCCCCUUUAAUCAGCACAACCUGGACAAAAACAAAGCGUUCUACCCCCCGAACAUCAUCGGAGUGGAAAAGAAGGACGGAUAUGUGCACUAUGACCUGGUGCAGCUGCUGGCUUUAUUCUUCCACAGAUCUAUACUCAAGUGCCAUGGCCUGUGGGACGACGAAGACCCUAAACAGAAGCGCGCCGCUCCCCCUCCUCCUCCUCCCCAGGUCGAAGAGUCCGAAGAGGAGAAGACCAGAGCGGAGGAGAGCGAGAGAGAGUCCGAUCCGACUUCACUCCACAGCGCCACAGGGAGCAGAGGGUCCAGGACGUCCCUCAGGUCCAUAAACUUCGGGACGUCCGUGGACUCGGGACAGGGACCGGUACAGGAGCAGGGACAGGUCCAAGUGUGCUGUCCUCCUCCACAGACCUACCAGCGACGCAAGAGCUCCACCUCCGCCGGCUCCCUCGCCUCCCACAAGUCCAUGCACUCGUCUGCGCGCUCCAAGAGAGGAAGUUCCACGUCUCGCCACAGCAGCCACAGAGAGGGCAGUGAGGCCAGUGUUCGGAUGAAAACUCGCAAAGAGAUGGUCCUGGAGAAACUAAAGGAACAACUGUACAAGGGCAAAGGAUUCAUGAUCAGGAGGUUUCUGGAGAUCUACCUGCCCAUGAAGCAGUUCUUCUAUAACCUGAUCCACCCGGAGUACAGCGCCGUCACAGAUGUCUACGUCAUGAUGUUUCUGGCAGACACUGUGGACUUCAUCAUCAUCGUCUUUGGGUUCUGGGCUUUUGGGAAACACUCAGCCGCAGACAUCACCUCGUCCCUGUCUGAAGACCAGGUUCCAGGUCCGUUCCUGGUGAUGGUUCUGAUCCAGUUUGGGACCAUGGUGGUGGACCGGGCCCUGUACCUGAGGAAGUCCGUCAUGGGAAAGGUCAUAUUCCAGGUCAUCCUCGUGUUUGGGAUUCACUUCUGGAUGUUCUUCAUUCUGCCUGGAGUCACCGAUAAGCGCUUCAGUGAAAACCGCGUGGCUCAGAUGUGGUACUUCGUUAAGUGCAUUUACUUCGGGCUCUCGGCGUACCAGAUCCGAUGCGGCUACCCCACCCGUGUCCUCGGCAACUUCCUCACCAAGAGCUACAACUAUGUCAACCUCUUCCUGUUCCAGGGUUUCCGCAUGGUUCCGUUCCUGACCGAGCUGCGUGCCGUGAUGGACUGGGUUUGGACAGACACGUCGCUCUCCCUCUCCAGCUGGAUCUGUGUGGAGGACAUCUACGCUCACAUCUUCAUCCUCAAGUGCUGGAGGGAGUCUGAAAAGAGGUACCCACAGCCUCGAGGGCAGAAGAAGAAGAAGGUGGUGAAGUACGGGAUGGGCGGGAUGAUCGUCGUCCUGCUCAUCUGCAUCGUGUGGUUUCCUCUGCUCUUCAUGUCCCUCGUCAAAUCUGUGGCCGGGGUCGUCAACCCGCCGCAAGACGUGUCCUUCGAGAUCACACUGGCAGGAUUUCAGCCCAUUUUCACCAUGAGCGCUCAGCAGAAACAGCUCCAGAAUGUGUCAACAACCGAGUUCGACCAGUUUGUGAGGAAAUACCUGGGAAAAGAUGAGGCGCUGCAGUGGCUGGAGAGCUACACGCAUGAGGACCUGAUCAUUGCUGAGCUCAAAGGCAGUUCAAACUCUCUGUGGACCAUCAGCCCCCCGAGUCGCAAAAACCUCAUCGAGAUGUUAGAAUCUAACGAAGAUUUCCCCAUCACCGUGUCCUGGUCUGUGCAGAGAAACCUGAGUCUGGGAGCGAAGUCGGAGAUCGCGUCGGGGAAACUGGUGAAGCCUCUGGAGCCUCAGACCAAGACGGAGCUCAUCGAGUUACUGAAAAGCUCCACCGACAAGAAAGUAGUGCUGCCGGAGCUGUUUCCCCGUUACAUCAGAGCGCCCAGUGACUCGGACUCUAAAGCAGUGGAGCAGCUCUAUGAAGACAAAAAGAUGUUUAACCUGUCAGUGACAUUGAUGCGUGGUCAGAACGAGUCGGGGCAGAACCAGGAGUGGUGGAUCGUGAGCCAGACUGAAGCAGGGCCACUCAACAGAAAAACGAAGUUUGACGUUGGGCUGGACGUCUACGUGUUCAGCGACCAAGUCAGUCCCCCCAGUCUGGGCUUCCUGGCUGGAUACGGUAUCAUGGGCCUGUACGCCUCAGUGGUCCUCGUCAUCGGGAAGUUCGUGCGUGAGUUUUUCAGCGGGAUUUCACACACCAUCAUGUUUGAGGAGCUCCCGAACGUGGACCGCAUCCUCAAACUCUGCACGGACAUCUUUCUAGUCCGAGAAACCGGAGAACUGGACCUGGAAGAGGACAUGUACGCGAAACUCAUAUUCCUGUACCGAUCGCCAGAAACUAUGAUCAAGUGGACUCGUGAGAAGACACAGUGAAAAUAGUUUGACUUUUCGACAAAACUAGGGCUUUUUGGGUUGAUCUCAAUGUCGCUAAUGUUUUGAGCCAAGUUAGCGCGACUUUAUAGGCUUAACAAGUCAACCAAAAGAAUCA